AUGUGGUCUCGCGAUACCUCCCUCAGCGGGCCGUGAGUUUGUUUCCUUUGUGUGGAGCGGAGAGCAGCUAACACGCAGCAGUUAAUCUCCCGCUAUUAACGAAGUUUGUUGGCUCAUUAUCGGCACCAAGUCCCCCAUAUCUUCACAUCAGAACAUCACAGUUACAGACGAUACCGUUGCCAUGGCACUGAGACGAGGACACAUCCGCUACCUGAAGGUGUGUGAGGUUCAGACGUCUCAGAGUGAUGUCAGAGACUGUAAAGGAGCCGCUGGAAAGGAGCUGUAUGAUAACGGCUACAGCGAGCAGAUGAUGGAGGAUGAGGACGCCAGGACCAACCUGAUCGUGAACUACCUGCCCCAGAGCAUGAGUCAGGACGAGCUGCGCAGUCUGUUCAGCAGCGUGGGAGACGUGGAGUCGGCCAAACUGAUCCGGGACAAAGUGGCAGGUAACUCCUCCCGAAGUUCUGCAGAGCACCAGACAUCAGAGUACGACUGCGGCCACAGUUUAGGUUACGGCUUUGUUAACUUUGUUAACCCUAGUGAUGCAGAGAGGGCUAUCAGUACCCUCAAUGGCCUGAGGCUACAGUCUAAAACUAUCAAGGUUUCCUUCGCGCGGCCGAGUUCGGACACGAUUAAAGAUGCUAACCUGUACAUCAGCGGGCUGCCGCGCACGCUGAGUCAGCCCGACCUGGAGGACAUGUUCACUCGCUUCGGACACAUCAUCAACUCCAGAGUGCUGGUGGACCAGGCCUCAGGUCUGUCCAGGGGCGUGGCCUUCAUCCGUUUCGACAAGAGGUCGGAGGCCGAAGACGCCGUCAAACACCUGAACGGGCACACGCCCCCCGGUUGCUCCGAGCCAAUCACAGUCAAGUUCGCUGCCAACCCCAAUCAGGCCCGAAACUCCCAGAUGAUGUCACAGAUGUACCACGGCCAAUCACGGCGCUUCGGAGGCCCCGUCCACCACCAGGCGCAGAGGUUCAGGUUUUCUCCGAUGAGCGUGGACCACAUGGGCGGCGGCGGGGGCGGAGUCUCUGGCAGCGCGUCGGCCGGUUGGUGCAUCUUCAUCUAUAACCUGGGCCAGGACGCCGACGAGGCCAUCCUCUGGCAGAUGUUCGGCCCCUUCGGCGCCGUGGUCAACGUCAAGGUCAUCCGAGACUUCAACACCAACAAGUGCAAAGGCUUCGGCUUCGUUACCAUGACGAACUACGAGGAGGCCGCCAUGGCGAUCCACAGCCUCAACGGGUACCGGCUGGGGGACAAAGUCCUGCAGGUGUCCUUCAAAACCAGCAAGGGACACAAGUAGAGAGGGGGGGAGAAUGGGGGGAGGGUAAGAAGAAACGAACGAGUCCGAUAGAUUUUCUUUUUCAGUUUUCAUCAGUUUUGUCGAUAUAAUCGAUAAAUAUUUUCUCCCAGCAUGCCCUGUUUGUGUUCGGCUGUAUGACAUCAUUGUUGCUAAAAGUUCUUCUGAAUAUUGUGAAGUUUGAGCCAAGAUGGCGGCCUGAGAGAGAGAGAGAGAGAGAGAGAGGAAGUGUAAAUCAGCCGGUCAGUUAUUUUCUUGUUUUAAUGUAUAGAAAUACUUCAUCACGUUCAACAGACAUUACAGAAUAUUAAAUAUAUGAUUACUCUUUUUCUAAUGAUGUCCAACUAUCAUCUCAACUCAGUUUGUUCUAAACUUUUUCUUUUUAACAUUUCUACAGAAGUCUGUCGGAGAGUUUCUGCAGAAACAGAUUUUAUUUCCUGCUUCUGGUGGACUAAACCAUUCAUACGUAGGGGUUCUUCUUCUCUGGUUUUUCAUUUGUAAUCUGUUUUUGAGUUGCAGCUCCAUUGUGAUGUUGGACUGUUCAUUCAAUAAUAAAUCUGCUUAUGUAAACUUUCCUGUGAUGUAUUUUUACUGCAUGUUUUUCUGACGUCUUUUAAAGUUUACUGGGAAAUAUUUACGAUGAACAUUAAACUUUUCCCCCUUAAAGAUA